GACAGUUUCACUUGGCACCGUUUUAUAUUAUAUUUAACUGAAUUUUAAAAAUCAUUUUUUUUUUUUUAAAUUUUAAUCCGUAGCUUUUUAGUAUUUGGGUCAAAUGUAUUCGUUAUUAAAUGGAGUGCUUCCAAGAAGAUCCUUUUUAAAAUGACUCUUCAUUCCUUGGUUGCCCCCAUUUUAUUCCAUUCGUUUUUCUCUAUUUAUUUUUCCAAGUCAAACGUGCCGGGCAGUUGAUAUUUCAUAGCAUUGAUCAAUUGGAGGAAAAUUCCAUAAGUUGGCCAACCUUGCCUUUGUUCAUUCUUAAAUCCUGACCGCCUGUCGGUUUUUCAACUACUCAUUGCAAGUCUUCGAUAGUAUAUAAGCCAUGCAAGAGUCAUGCUGAGAGACGCUUCUUGGAAUUUUGAUGAAAUUGAACCUCAUCGAGAGAGAAUAGAAGAGAAGAGAGACAGAGAUGGCAGUUGGGACAAUGGAGGUGCUGCUGGUGAAUGCAAAAGGCUUUGGAGACUCUGAUCUCUUCGGUCGUAUGGAUCCUUAUGUUCUGAUACAAUACAAAAGUCAAGAACGCAAGAGCAGCGUGGCCCGAGGUCAAGGUGCUUCUCCAGUGUGGAAUGAGAAAUUGACAUUCAUGGUCGAGUAUCCAGGGGUAGGGGACCAGUACAAACUCAUUCUCAAAAUCAUGGAUAAUGACACAUUCUCUACUGACGACUUCAUUGGGCAAGCCACCAUCUACGUGGAGGAUUUAUUAGCAGUAGGAGUGGAGAAUGGAAGUGCUGAAUUACAUCCUCGCAAGUAUAGCGUGGUUCGAGUCGACCAAACUUAUUGUGGAGAGAUUGAAGUUGGCGUCACUUUCAUCAAAAAGGUAGAAGAGAAAUAUAAUGAAGAGGAGUUUGGGGGAUGGAAGCAGAGCCACCACUACUAGUUCCCUUGCUGCCUUUGUCCACAUGAAAUUUUCAAGAUUUCUUCGGGUGGAUUUCAUACAACUGAAGUAGCAAUGAAAGUCUUUCUGAUCUAUUAUUAUGUAUUAACUUCAUGCUCCAUUCGAUCAGUGAGUGGAUUUUUUUGUAAAAAAUAAAAAUAAAAAUAAAAAUGAGGGCUACACCUUCA